UUCUAUCUUUCAUACUAUUAAUCCACGUGAACGACUAGAGCGCGUAAAUAUUUCUCUGAGAAUCCCCGCGAAAGUCAUCGGAAGCUGAAGGAAUCCAAAAUAAAAUCAGUUUGAAUUACAGCAUGAACAUGGUUUCCAGACAGCAGUCUAAGAGUUGGACCGACGAGACAGUUUGUCCCAUUUGUCUGGAUUUCUUCACCGACCCGGUUUCACUGGAUUGUGGACACAACUUCUGCCGCUCCUGUAUCACCCAGAAUUGGGAAAAGAAGGAGAUAAACUCCUGCCCGGAAUGUAGAGAGGAGUUUCCGGAAAGAAACCUCAGGGUAAAUCGGGCCUUAGCGAAUCUGGCCGAGAAAGCUCGAAAAUCAAACGAGGUACCCAAAGAGCGGGGAAGUAAACUUCACUGUGAGAAACAUCAAGAAGACGUGAAACUGUUCUGUGAAACCGACAAGAAACUGAUCUGCGUGAACUGUGUCACUGCGCCGGAACACAGAGAGCACCGCUUCGUUCAAAUUAAGGAAGCUGUUAAAUACUAUAAGGAUCAGCUGAAACCCUCCUUAGAUUCUCUCAGAGACAAGAAAUCGGCGGCUCAACACAUGGAACUGAGCCAGAAACGGAGGAUUUCCGAAGUGAGGGAGCAAGCGAGCAGUCUGCAGACCCACAUCACAUCCGAGUUCGUUAAAAUGCACCAGAUUCUCACUGAGAAAGAGCAGCGAUUACUCCGAGAUCUCAGGGAAGAAGAGGAGAGGAUUCUAGAGCCAAUGCAGAAAAACCUUCGAGAGAUUCAGGAGAAUUUAAACUCUAUUGAGGAGAAACUCUCAAAGUUGCAGAAACAGAUGGAGCAAACAGAUGAGCUGAUACUUCUGAAGCAUGAAACUCAUCUGAACGAAAGGAUCAAAGAUGAAUGUCACCUCCUCUCAACAGCGGAUGCUGUCCUAUCUAUUGGAAAAUUCAAAGGACCCUUGCAGUACAUAACGUGGAGAGAACUGAAUCGCGACAUUAACCCAGCUCCAGCCUCUCUCACUCUGGACCCGAACACAGCGAAUUCCUGGCUCAUCCUGUCUGAGGACCGGACCAGUGUGAGACUCGGAGACAAACGGCAGCCGCUCCCUGACUCCCCGGAGAGAUUUGAUCCUUUGCCCUUUGUGCUUGGAUCACAAGGAUUUACAUCAGGGAGACAUUACUGGGAGGUGGAGGUGGGGAGGAAGACGGAAUGGGGUUUGGGAGUGGCCCGAGAGUCCUUGGACCGGAAAAGAGUAAAUAUCCUGAACCCUGAGUCCGGAAACUGGACUGUGGGACUGAUUCCAGGGAGUGGCUACUUUGCCGCCACCUCCCCCUCACCGAAACCAUUCAUUCAGAAUGUGAAUCCCUGGAAGAUAGGGGUUUUCCUGGACUAUGAGGGUGGACAGGUGUCAUUUUACAAUGCGGACACCAUGUCCCAUCUCCACACUUUCACCCACACUUUCACUGAGAGAAUCUUUCCUAUCUUCAGUCCGGGACUGAAUAUUGACGGGAAAAACUCCGCCCCGCUGACAAUCUGCGGGAUUAAGGGUUGCUGACAGAUCCAUCCCAUAAAUUCACCCGGUUCGCCCUGUCUCCUGCCAUCUGUAAACUGUUGGGGGGUCGGUCUCAGUCACAGGUGGAGAGGGAGGCCAGGUUAGCAUUUAAGGAAUAAACUCUGUAUCCGAACUGGGAGCUGAAAAACUCGACAAGGAGCUCUGUGAAGCUGGGGGAAAGAAGGAGGUGGAGAGAAAAAUCAAACAGAAGCUGAAUUGUAGAUUUCGACUUUAUUGGUGAUAAUGAACGCAGGAGCUGCAGGAACGCAGGAACCUUCAGCCUGUAAUGUUGCUCCACAGGCGGAAGGUGGCGCUACAUGACGGUGUUGGAGAUGAAUCAGUCAGUGGUUCUCAGACUGGGCUCAGUGGAGUCUUUCCAGGGGGACACCAAACCACUUCACUGCAGGGUCAGUGGAGUAUAUCCGCGCAGACACUAGAUCAUAUCACUAUGGGGCAAGUGAGACAACGUGUGUGGGGAGUGGAAGUGAUGGAAAAAUAGCCAGUGUCAAAGCUUAUAUUACUAGCAAUUAGUGUUAAUCCUGGAUAAACAAUCAUGAAGAUUUCCAUUCCCUAACCUGGCGAAUUUUCACUUUCUUCACGUGUUGGGGAUACUCGUUUCAUGGUUUUCAGCGGUAGAAUAGGAUUCACUUCCAGUCGCGGGGAUGUGGAAGACUAGCUGCGCAGUUUUCAGUUUGGGAUCCAGCUAUAAGCAAGUACUGUUCUUAUGAAAGCAAAGUGCUACGGAUGCUGAAACUCAAACGCACACAGAGAAGGCUGGGGCAACUCAGUAAGUUCAGCAUUUGUGGAGAGAGAGAGACUGAGUUAACUUUUCGAGUCUAAAAUGAAGUUCGUCUGCACUUCAGUAACUCUUCCCAUCUUCCCUGUCUGAGUGUUUACGUCAUUUUCUGUUUUAGUUAAUGUCUUGGUGGUUUGUUUCUGGUAAUCACAAAAAUGCUGUCAACUUUUCUUAAUUCAAACACUUGCCAUGGUGAAAUAACACGAAAUUUUUCAAUGAUUAAAUGUCACAUCCGCUUAGGUGCUGUCAUAAAAUUGGAAGAAGAUUCGUUUGCUCACGGCAGCUUAGUUUACAUUAAUAUAGGAACGUACCUUGAGACUAUUUAAUUGCGAAUAAUUGUUUGACAACCUGUCUGGUUUGAAAGUGAUAUAUCAAUAUUGAUGCAUUUAACAGAUAAUGUCUAACCGCUUUAAAGGCAGCUCAAUUUGCAUACACUAGAAUAUAAGUGAAAUCACAGGUGCCAUUUAUCCCUGAUUUAGUUUUGUCUCAACACUGUGUACAUUCCUGGAAUGAUCCUUAAAUCACGAAAGUGUAAAUACACUUUAAUUAAAAGCAUUAUUUAACACGUCUGUAACCUGCUCAGAUUGUAGCUAUAAAUAUAACUUAUGUUGGAAUCCCACGAUCACAUUUGAAAAUGGGUUCUUCAAGCAGUACAAUGUGAGAGUCACUGAA